CUCUACUUUUUUUUCUGCGGAACUCUGUAAUUCGCAGCAGAUGACCACUUGGGGGGAUGGAGGUUUUACUGGGGAGGUGAGCGUUUCCUCAGACAGCAUCAGAGCGGCACUGCACAAAUUAAUUUGCUCUAUACAAGAUGCUACUCAAUGAUGUCGCCGCGUGCUUGAUCAAUACAGCAUUUUUCUCUCCACCUUUCGCAGCAACAAGUGGAUUAUGGUCUCCAGCGUGAGUGAGGAGAGGGGCGACUGCACCUGAACAACACAAAGCGAAUGCGGCGUCAGUCUCUGGCUGUGCCAGCCGCGCUGUGGGAAUGGAUACCUUCAAUUUCCUGGCAGGACUAUGUUUUUUCCUGCUGUCGCUCAAUGGGUUCAUCUCUUCCUCGCCGGCGACAAGCUUUUGUCCCGACCGCUGCGACUGUCAGCACCCGCAGCACCUAAUGUGCACCAACCGCGGGUUGCGCACUUUGCCCAAACCCGCCAUGCGGGUGCCCGAGGAGGUGCUGAUCUUCAGCCUCGGGGGUAACUUCAUCAGUAACAUCUCUGCCUUCGACUUCACACGGUACAGUGGCCUUGUCAGGUUAAAUUUACAGUACAAUCAGAUACAAACUAUUCACCCCAAGGCAUUUGAGAAACUUUCCAAGCUAGAAGAGCUCUACUUGGGACAUAAUCUUUUAUCAAAUGUACCUACUGGGACUUUACAACCCCUGAAGAAAUUAACUAUUCUCUAUGGCAAUAAUAAUAACAUUAAGAAAAUCACACCGGAGCUCUUUGCCAACUUGGAUAAUCUCGUUAAACUGCGCCUAGAUGGCAACUCAAUAGAAGUUCUGCAGGACUCUGUUUUUAAAAGUUUGACCAGUCUACAUUAUCUCCAUCUGGAAUCCAACCAACUGCAGCAUAUUCACAGAAACGCUUUUUCUAAACUCGCCAACCUGCGCUUUCUAAACCUGGCCCACAACAAGCAGUCAGCCGUGCGCAAUGUCCUCACUUUUUCCCAACUCAAAGCUUUGACAACUUUGCUGCUGUCUGAAAAUGAAAUUCAAUACAUUGGGAACCAUGUCUUCCAAAAUCUGAAAAAGUUGUCCAAACUGUCCCUGAGCAACAACAGAAUCUCUCGUCUUGACAGCGGGGUUCUGAAGGGGCUGUCGAGCCUCAGAGAGCUCCUGAUUGACGGCAACGGACUGGAGGAAAUCCCCGCUGGUCUCCUCGACCCUCUGCAGCGCAUCGAGGAGCUCGACUUCAGCCGCAACCGGAUUUCCAACGUGGACUCUUUGGCUUUUUCGCAACUUAAACAUUUAAAGGUGCUGAGGCUGAAGAACAACUUUCUCACCAGCCUGUCUGGCGACAUUUUUGCCCUCAACAACGUGCUUUACGACCUGGAUCUCCAUGGCAACAACUGGACGUGCGACUGUCGCCUGGAGGAGCUGAAGAGAUGGAUGACUGCUGCACAUUCUCAGGGCAAAUUGUUGACUGUUUUUGUGCAAUGUCAUCACCCUGCAACUCUGAGGGGAAAAUAUCUGGACUAUGUGAACAGCUCCCAGCUGCAGCCCCUUGGGAACUGGACCCACUUGUGUAGUAGCCAAGCUGGGCCUGAGGAGAGCCGGGGAGGGGGUGUACUGGUAAAAGUGGAGGGGAAAGAGAUAACGGAUGCAAUAAAGCAGGAGGAAAACGGUGGAGAAGGCCAGGUGGAAGAGACACAAACUGUAUAUUUAAGGCAGGGAAACAUGGAUGAUGUCAUGGUGAGGAAAGAGGCAGAAAAAUGGAAAAGAGAGGGACAGGAAGAGGUGGGAAUCCAGGGAGACGAGGGGGGUCCAGAGGUGGGAGAACCCUCUUCCUCACUGGAAAGAAAGAAACCAAGGAAGGAGUCGCUCAGUCCAAGGUCACGGCCUGCCGUAGAGGCAGCUGGGAAACGUGCCAAAGGCAGACGGAGGUCGAAUGUAAUUUCUAGAACGGAUCCACCAGCCAUUUCCACACCAAGUCACAGAAACUCCACUGAUUCAAACACAGAGCUCACUGCAACUCCUUCUGCGCAGUCAGGAGAAAAGUUUGAUCUUCUGACGUCAGAUCAGGAGGAGGCCUUACCUGUAAUCACAGAUCCAUGCGUAUUCAACCGCCAUUUCAUCACCAAUGUUUCAGUGGAUCAAGUGACAUCUAGUACUGUCACCGUCUACUGGACUACAAGGGAUCAUCACCGCUACACACCAGGACCUGGGCCAGGCCUGGAUGAAGUCCACUACCGGAUUCUGUUUGACCGGUUUGGGGCUCCAGAGCGUUUCCCCCGUUAUGUUUAUGCCCGCGGUACAGCUCGCUCUGUAACCCUUCGAGAACUCAGCUCAGACUUAACCUACAUCGUCUGCGUGGAGGGAGUAGUCGGAGGAUCUGUCUGCCAAGUCGCCCCUCGUGACCACUGCGCAGGACUGAUCACGCUCCCCGAGGUGUUCAGUCGUGGGGGCACGCUGACCUCUGACCUCCAGCUGGUGACGGUGGCGACACUGGCCGGGAACGCUGUGCUGCUGCUCGUCAUUGGUGGAGUCUGGCUGGGGCGGAGCUUGAAGAGGAGGUUGCAGAGGAGGAAGUCGGCCGUGCACGUGCGCCACAUGUACUCCACCAGGCGGCCUUUUCGUCCCAAUGUGGCGACGGCCUCCGUGUCCACUGACUUCACCAGCUACCAGAGCAGUCGUCCAGCACGACUUGCACCGCUCGAGGAGGGGGAUCUCAUAGAGUUCCCUUGUGACCGCUUUCUGGACAGCAGUGCUCGCAGAGACAGUGACAUGCAGAGAUUCUCUGACUAGGACAAUAAAAUGUCUGAAAAUGUUGACACUGUGCAACAGAACAGUAUGUGAAUUGGUUUGUGCUGCAACCUUUAGUCAUGCCUUUAGAGUACAGAAAGAACUCUCAGUUGACACAGUGCAGUGUCGCAUUAAAAACAUUGGUGUGUUUGUGGCUAUGAACAAACCAAGUCAACAGCCCCACAAUUUUGAGCUCGGUUUUUUCAUUUGAACCACAAGAAAACUGUUUAAGUGACAACAGAACAGCUGAGCUCAUCGGGGCCUUUUCGGAAACCAGAGGAAGUCCAAUCCCUCUGACUUCCUCUUCUUGCUUUGUGUCCUUCCUUCUUUCAUUUCCGCGCACCUGUGAGUGUUUCUAAAUGUGUGAUUUGUUGUGAGCGCAAGUGUGUACGCAUGAAUGAUGGACCACUGAUUUCAACUAUGGUGCUAAUAUUGAGUUCACAGACAUCAUAUUGUCUCAUAUUUGUACAGUAUGUAAUGAUGGCUGCUGGUUGGCAGGAAAACAAAAAUCACUUGUUUUGUAUCACAUCUAUCAUGUUUUAUACUUUUAUAUGGAACUUUGUAUCAUUUUGCAUUACAUGAAGUAAAAUCCCCAACAAUGUGA